GGGGCUGGGGAUGGAUGGUGAAACCCUAGCAUGUGUGAUACCUGUCUGUCCUCAGCCCAGGGUCAGACAGCUGCAUCCCAUUCUCCCCUCUGCAUUUCCAGCUGUUCCUCAGUGUUGGGAGGCAGCAGCACCUGUGUGGAGAGGGAAUUGUUAAAUUUAAAGGAUCGUUUUUAUUUAUUUCUGUGCUUUUCUGACCCAUCUGUGUUUAUAUCCCAGGGAAAUGAGCAGUGUGGAUGUUCAGAGGAGGGAGGAUGGUUUGUCCUGGCUUCGUUUACAGAUUUACAACAUUAAUCUUGUGGGUAGCAGCAGCAACGGGAAAGCAGGAUCUGCUUGGGGUGUCAGAAUCUCCCAGGGGCUUUUGCACAGAGUAAUUAAUUAAUUAAUGCCCUCCCUGUAUCCAGAUACACAAACAAGAAGAUUCAGGCUCUGACACCACCAGCAAGCUGGCUGUGCUCGGUGACAUCCCUGCCUGCUCUCUAUUUAAACCUCAGGGAGUAGCAGAUAUUUUUCUUUUUUUUUUUUUGCCCUACAACUGUUUGUUUCAAAUUAAUUGUGAUUUUGGCCCCCGGCCAGCCUCCUCCUGUCGCUCCAAAUGGGAGAGAUAAGUGGGAGCAGUGCACUCUUUGCUCUAACCUACUUGGAGCCGUUGUUGCUGCACGGGGGAGCCGGGAGCUCUUUCCUAACUCGGGCCACAUCUCCAGGGCUGGCUCCUGGGGGCUCUUUCCUAACGAGGGCCACAUCUCCACAUCUCCAGGGCUGGCUCCUGUGGGCUCCUUCCCUCCCAGGGCUGCUGACGCAGAGCUCUCCCCUCCCGCCCGCCUUGGCCAGCUUCCCUGGAUGACUCCUCUAAUUGCUUACGUAGAAAAAUAAUGAGAAGGAUGCGUAGGGUGUAUUUUUAGAUGUCUCUUGGUGGGAUUUAGCAACUGGCAAGCCGGAGCCAGCGCCUCCCUGUCCGUCUCCUGCAUCCCAGCCGUGGCUGCUUGGUGGAGCUGGGCAGGUUCUGUCCCCAUGAGGGGGUGAUGCUUGGGCAAGCUUUGCUGCUUUUUGGGCUCCUCCUGGUCCUGCUGGGUGGGUUAUGGAUGAUGUGGCCCUGGUGCUGCAGGGGAUCUGUGCUGGGAGCUGGUGCCAUGCCUGUGCUGGGAUGGGCACCACCUCCUCCUCCUCCUCACUCCUCUCCAAGAGGAAGGCUGUGGUGGCUUGGAGAGCAUCCCAGCACCCCCAUCAUUGAAUCAUGGGAUGGUUUGCCUUGGGAGGAAGCUUUAAAGGCCAUCUAGUCCAGUCCCCCACCAUGAUUAGGGGCACCUUCCACUAGACCACGCUGCUCACCCAAAUGUUCCUGGGAAUGGGGCACCCAUCACCCUUUUAGGUGACCACUGCUUCACCACCACAUCAUCAAACAUUUCUCCCAAAGCAACCCAUGGCAUAUUUUCCAAUAAACACCUGAGAGAUAAUGGGUCUCGCCACAUGUUGCUUUGCUUUUUAAAUGCUUUUUUUUAAAAAGAUGACCCCAUCUGAAGCCCCAGCAGCGCAGAGCAAAGGGAGCAGAAUCCCAUAAAAUACCACCCGAAAGGCUGUGAUAAUUGAGCCCUGCAACAAGUAGUUCCCUUAUUUUUCUCUUUGCUUCUUCCAUUUCAGGGCUCUUUGUGUCUCAGUGGCUUCCUGUGCUGGGAGGGCCGGGCUCCAGUCCUUCCCUUUCCACCCGGGUGCGAGGAAAGCAAUUCUCUUCUCGCAGCGCGACUUAUCUCUCCUCGGAGCUGAAAACAUCCUUUCUUUGCUCUUUUUGAGUCCCCCAAAUGAACGGUUUCUCCUGCUGGUUAACAUCAGCUUCCACCAGCUGAAGACUGUGGGAAAGUUUCACAAUUACAGUGGCUUUAAUAGAUCUGGUUUAUGUCUUAAAAAUCCCAUCGCUUUCUAAUUCUCCGUCACAUGUUUCCUUGAUGAUGUGUCGCCCAGCAGUGCAGCUACCAAAAUAGCCCCAUAGUCUGAAGGAAAUCAUCAGGAAAUAUGUUUCUGAAACUGUAGGCAAUUCUUUUUUUCACCAGGAACCAUUGGAAAAAGUCUGUGUUCAAUGGAAAACGUGGCUUUUCUGGCACCUUGGCUGCUUGUGUGGUGACAUUUGGGAGCACAGUGCUCCAGCAGUUUGCCCAAAAAUCCCCCAUUUUGCUAUGAAUUUUCUCUUCAUCCACCCAAAUAGCUGGGAUUCUUUUGGUGUUGGGCUUGCUUUAAUUUUUGGGGAAAAUGCUUUUUUUGUGCGUUGUGUUUCCAUGCAGGGUGACAAACCCUGCCAGGCUGACGGGGCUUGUGCUGUGUCCCCCCAGGUCCAAGGAGACCAUGACCACUGAUGAGGCCACCAAGAGUGAAGGGGAGGUGCAGGCAGCAGCUCUGGCUGAGCGUGGGGAGGACAUCACCCCAUCCAAGGACCGAGGGGUUCUGAAGAUCAUUAAGAGACCUGGGAGUGAGGAUGAGUGUCCCAUGAUUGGGGACAAGGUCUAUGUGCACUACAAAGGGAAAUUGGCCAACGGGAAGAAGUUCGACUCCAGCCGCGAUCGGAACGAGCCCUUCAUCUUCAGCCUGGGCAAGGGUCAGGUCAUCAAGGCAUGGGACAUUGGGGUGGCCACCAUGAAGAAGGGAGAGAUCUGCUACCUGCUCUGCAAACCUGAGUACGCCUACGGCUCUGCUGGCAGUGCCCCCAAAAUCCCCUCCAAUGCCACCCUCUUCUUUGAGGUCGAGCUGCUUGACUUCAAGGGCGAGGACUUGUUUGAGGAUGGAGGGAUCAUCCGGAGGAUCAAGAGGAAGGGGGAAGGUUACUCCAACCCCAAUGAAGGAGCUACAGUGGAGAUUCACCUGGAGGGGUUCUGUGGUGGCCACAGGUUCGACUGCAAGGACGUGAAGUUUGUGGUGGGCGAAGGGGAGGACCACGACAUCCCCAUCGGCAUUGACAAGGCCCUGGAGAAGAUGCAGAGGGGAGAGCACUGCAUCCUCUACCUCAGCCCACGGUACGGCUUUGGCGAGGCUGGGAAGCCAAAAUUUGGCAUCCAGGGCAACGCAGAGCUGGUGUACGAGGUGACCCUGAAGAGCUUUGAGAAGGCCAAGGAGUCGUGGGAGAUGGACACCAAGGAGAAGCUGGAGCAGGCGGCCGUGGUCAAGGAGAAGGGCACCAUGUACUUCAAGGAAGGCAAGUACCUGCAGGCGGUGAUUCAGUACGGGAAGAUUGUGUCCUGGCUGGAGAUGGAGUAUGGCUUGUCUGAGAAGGAGUCCAAAGCCUCGGACUCCUUCCUGCUGGCUGCCUUCCUCAACCUGGCCAUGUGCUACCUGAAGCUGCGCGAGUACGCCAAGGCUGUCGAGUGCUGUGACAAGGCUCUGGGGUUGGACCAGGACAAUGAGAAAGGCUUGUACAGGAGGGGUGAAGCCAGGUUAUUGAUGAACGAGUUCGAGCUGGCCAAAUGUGACUUUCAAAAAGUGCUGGAAGUGAACCCACAGAACAAAGCAGCGAAAUCCCAGAUCUCCGUGUGCCAGAAGAAAACCAAGGAGCACAACGAGAGGGACCGCAGGAUCUACGCCAACAUGUUCACAAAGUUUGCAGAGAGGGAUGCAAAGGAAGCAGCCAGCAAAACUGGGGCGGGAAAAGCAGCGGAGAAGGCGGCGUGCGGAAAAGGACCCAAAGCUGCUGGUGCCGAAGGUGAAGAGGCUGAAGGACAUGUAUGAUGGAGGAGGAGGGGAUGGCAUAGCCUCCUGCCCGCACUGAGAAAGGUUGCUGCCAAACCUUGGGACUCGCCAGUGUCUCCUUGUAAAGCUUGUUACAGUUUGUGUGAUCGUGGAAGCCAAAAGCGCCUCGCCAAGAAAAGCGACCCCGUCCCACCGGCCCGGGUGCUCUGGGGGCAGAGCAGGAGUGGCAGGACACCGUGGGACCACUGCACGUGGAACAAAUACCCUUUGGGCAGCAGGGAAAAGAAAAGAAAAGAAACCAUGAUGAUGAUGAUAAAUUAAAACGCUUGGCUCCUGGGAGGUUUCCGCAGACAGCUUUCUCCAUCUCCCUGGGCUUUGUGUGUCCGCUCUCAGCACAGCAUCCCCCGAGAGGAGCUGGGAUGUGGGACGUGCUCCUUGUACCCUGCAGUGCUGCCUCUGGGUGCCCCAGCACAGCCCGGGGACAGGGGUUGGCUCUGUCCCCUGCUGACUCCUUGCCUGUGUCCAAAGGGCAGAGCCAGGAUGGGAACCCAAUGGCCUCUGUGCAGCCCCUUUAGGGGGUGCAGGGGCAUCUUUAGCCUUUAAAGCACUGUUUGGGGCAGGGGGAACACACAGAUUUUACCUUCUGGAGGAGCUGGUUCCUGUUUCUUUAGAGAGCAAAAAAGCCUGUCCAGCUUUGCAGGUGCUCAACCCACAGCCUGCACCCCAUGCCUUGGCUCCCAGCUUUAAAUGGGAGUUUUAUUGCUUUUAUUGGGAUCUGGAUGUGGGGAAAAUAUAAAAGAGCAGGUGGACAUGUGGUUCAGAAAGGCAGAGCUGGUGCCACGGGUUUGUCACUGAGCAGCUUUGCCAUGGUGAGGGGGUCCUGGGUGCACGGUGUCCCUGCACCAGAGCUGCUGCUGCCUCCUCAGCCAUCAGCCCUGUCCAUCCUCAAGGGACACUGUCUCUACCCCAUGAGAACAGCUUUCCAGUUGUUAUUUUUCCUGUCUCUACAAUAAUACCCCUUUUGGAGCUUGAAAAUAAACAACUGAAAGAAAAAGAAAA